AUGGAAGCAUACGCCUUUGGUUGGAUGAGCAUUGUUUUAGCAGCGCAGAUCUUGGUCCAAGCGGGUUGUCGACCAUGGAUUUCCAUCCUGGCGAUUUCGGUAGUCUCAUGCACGCAAGUUCUUCCACUUUUUAGGGCGGUCCUCCAGCAGAACACUCGAAAGACACUGGACCUGAAGAGCUGUUGGAAAGACUGCUUCUUCCUGAUUGGGAUCUUGCUGAGCCACUCAAUCGACUUCUCUGCCCGCCUGCGAGCAAUCAAGCUGGGCAUGGAUCAGAGUAGAGAGAACGCACUUUGCUCACGAUAUCUCAACCAGACUGCGCGUCGCACGAACGCAGAGCUGGGAAUCGAGCUUGGAUGCCUUCGAUCAGCUGAGGGUGCUGAGCCGAUUCGACGGAAGAUCGUGGCGGUGGCGUUGCAUGCAGACACUGGUACAGGAAGCUUUAUAGUGGAGGAUGAUAUUCCCAUAACAGACCAGGGACUCAAGGAUGUGAGGCUUCUGUCGGAAGAGCUGAAACAGCAAGGGAUUUUCUUCGACGUCGUGAUCUCGUCACCAGCGUUGCAUUGUCUCCAGACUGCUUGGAUUUUCGGAGAACAAUUCCACGCGAAGGUGCUUUUGGAUGAGAAAUUGAGUCAAGUGAUGAACCCAAGCGCUACUUCUCCCUUGGCGCAUGCGUUGUAUCCUUUAGACAGUCGUAUCUCAAUAGGACGAGUCAUGGACAAGCAAACUGACGUUCGGCCAGAGUCCAAAGAAGAGAGAUUUGCACAGCGAUUUUUGACGUAUCUCACACAUUCUUGCCAGUCUGGGAAGAGUUGCCUUCUGGUGACACAUGCGCGGAUGCUGCAGGUUUGUGCCUCCAUUUUGCCUCCAAUUCAGCAUCGCAAGAUCACUUCUCUGGGGCACCUAGCCAUCGUUCUGGCCACGCGCAGGAUCGAGGGCAAUCCACUAGACCUGGGCACUGUGGUAGACGACCAGGUGUUGCAUGGCCUUACAUCACCUCGAAAUCGAAGCCAAUCUGUGGACCUUGUGAGAGAAAGCAGAAUACAUGAAGAGCUGAGGGAUGAAGUGCUGAAUGAGGUGCUGAGGGAUGCUGAGUUGACUUCUUGGUCUGUAUGGCUUCACUCUGUGAAGAGCUCUCCAUUUGCCAGAGGUCCCUCUUGCUUUCCAAAGCCGACCCUGCAGAGCUGGAGAGGGUUGAGAGGAGUGAUCUUGAAGCUUCCCAGAUUGCCGGAGCCCUUGGAGCAGAGGUGUGGCAGUAUUCUUACCCUGCCGGAGAGUUCAGUGACGACUUUCACGGAGAUUCUGUCCAAAGCCUCCAACGGCUUCGAGAAGUAUGAGCCAACGGCUUCGGGUUCCGUGCGUCGGAGCGUUGUCCAAAAAGGCGGCUGA